AUGGAUAUUCCAUCCACAUCAGGCAAAAGCACUAAUAAUUUUGAUGACAGUGAUGUCUCUAAUAUUGAUGAGCCAUAUGCAGAUUCAGGUUCCAGUAUCACAAUCCAGUCCAGUAUCACAAUCCUUCUUAUAUGGAAGAAUCAUCAAGCGAAAAAAGUACAGGGAUGUUUUCAGAAAAAAAUUAAUUCAACUUUUCAUGCGCCUGUAUCUGACAGUUGUAGAAGAUGUGACGAAUUUGAACAAAAAAUAAAAACAGAAACUUCUGAAGUUACUUUGGCAAGUUUAAAGUUAGAAAAAGAAUUGCAUCUUCGAAAGGCAGAAAGCGCACGUGCUGGGAUGGCAUUGGAUUCGGAAUUGGGUAAAAUAGCUGAAAACGAUGUCACUGUAAUAGCGUUUGAUCUCAUGUCUACAUUACCUACACCUCAUCUUUCAACUGGGAAUGGUGGAAGUUAUGUCUUAGCUGUAGAUGCAGGGAGAGAAAGUAUUUUAUCUGUUUGGCAGUGGCAGUGGGGUCAUCUUUUAGGAAAAGUGGCCACUCUCCAAGAAGAACUUACAGGAGCAGUUUUUCAUCCUUUAGAUGACAAUUUAAUGAUAACUCAUGGAAAAGGCCAUCUUACAUUUUGGAAUAGAAGAAAAGAUGGAUUUUUUGAAAGAACUGAUAUUAUUAAACCGGUAAGAACUGUUUUAACAUAA